GACUCAAAAAGGUCCGCGUAACGUCAAAACCGACUACCGAGUCACAAAUGACGGAAAUCGGAAAACAGCCGUCAAUAGAUAACAGAUCUCCGUCAAAGUCAACAGAUCUAGAGAGAGAGAGAUGACUCGUGGUCGUGAAUCGGUAAAUCCGUUGAUGCGUGUAAGCAAGUUGCCUAACCAUGACGAUACCUCAACAACAAGCCACUAAAAUGGCGGUUUCUACCUCCUUUUCACAACUGAAGCUUCUACUUUGUUAGGGUUUGCAGAGGAGUUACGGAGAUGACGGAGGUGGAGAAAGUGCUGUAUAUAGUAGUGGAAGAGGAUGAAGAAGCGAAACGACAUGAAGAAUCGUCGUUUCGAUAUACUCGUCCUGUUCUUCAGAGCACUUUGCAGUUUAUCGGAUGUAAAGCACGUCACGCCUUCAAGAUUAGCAAGAGGGUUUUUGAAAUCAUGAGAACGAAAUGCUCAGAUGACAGUUUGCCUGAUAUAGGUGUGAUUCAAUGGGGAAAGGAUUUUUUAAAACUUCAUCCUGAGAAAGACAACAGUUGUGACGUUGAUAAUCGGUCUGAUAAGAAGAAUGUAAGCAAUCAUACGGUUUUAGAGGAAGAUGGUAAACCUUUCGAAUCAUACAUGAAACGCACAGCGGUUGUUAUUAAGAGGAGCAAGUUUGUAGAUGUUGUAUGUGAUGCUCUGUCUGAAUACAAGUAUGUUGGUCCGAAUCAGAGAGCUGAUUUUGUUCUAGCCUGCAGAAUACGUGAAAGGAAGGAAUCGGUUACCGUAUUACUAUGUGGUACUAGUGGAUGUGGCAAAUCUACAUUGUCGGCUUUGCUGGCUAGUAGGUUAGGGAUCACAACCGUUAUAUCGACAGAUACCAUACGGCAUAUGAUGAGAAGCUUUGUUGAUGAAAAUCAAAAUCCUCUCCUAUGGUCUUCUACAUACCACGCAGGCGAACAUUUAGAUCCAGUGGCGGUUUCCGAAGCUAAGGCCAAAAGAAAAGCUAAGAAAGAGGUCAGCGGUGCAUUUGACACUUCUACAAGUCAACCCGCGUCAAAGGAAGGUUCUAGUUUGACCACAGUUGACUUGAUAAGCCCUAAACAAAUGGCCAUCGAGGGAUUUAAGGCACAAAGUGAGAUGGUUAUUGAUAGUCUCGAUCGACUUAUAACCGCAUGGGAAGAACGGAAAGAGUCGGUUAUUGUGGAGGGUGUCCAUUUGAGCCUCAACUUUGUGAUGGGGUUGAUGAAGAAACAUCCAUCAAUCAUACCGUUUAUGAUAUAUAUAACAAAUGAAGACAAACACAUGGAACGAUUCGCGGUUCGUGCAAAGUAUAUGACGUUAGAUCCAGCCAAGAACAAAUACGUAAAGUACAUUAGAAACAUCAGAACAAUCCAAGAAUACUUAUGCAAUCGAGCAGACAAACAUCUAGUCCCUAAAAUAAACAACACAAAUGUCGAUAAAAGCGUUGCCGCAAUACACGCGACGGUUUUCAGCUGCUUAAGAAGACGCGAAGCUGGCGAGCCGCUUUACGAUUCCGCCACUAACACGGUUUUUGUAGUUGACGAAGAGUAUAGAAACCAGUGUGUGGCGAAUUCAGUUGGCUCGAAAGGAAUGUUUCAACUGAUUCAAAGACAAGACUCUUCAAGGCGGUUAAUGGCGCUUUUGAAUAACGAUGGCUCGGUUUCGAAAGCGUGGUCUGCGGAUGACGGGUUAGGUGUUCCAAUGUAUGGACCGUUGCGUGUUGGAAAGUCGGAAUUGGUUAACUUACAGUUUGGUAACUUUGGAAUUAGUGCGUGGUCGACGGACGCCGGGUGCACGAGUCAUGCCGGUAGUGUUGAUGACUCGAGAGGCGACGUUACAGAUAAUGGUAGUAAAUAUUAUUCUUCAUGUUGUAGUUCACCUAAAGCUUCUGAAGGACACGAUAAAGAGUUGAAAGAAGAGAUGUCGGUGUAUGGUAGUGAUGAAGAGGCGGAGGAUACGCGUGAGGUUGAUAGUGAUGAAGAUCUUAGUGAUAAUGCCAAAGAACAUAUGCAUGAAGAGGUACCAUUCGAUCCGCUUAGAACUGUGAACGGACCGAUUGUUUUGCAAACCAUUCAACGGGAUAUUUGUUUAUGUUCAUUUAGUUAAACAAAUGAACAUGAACACGCUUCUGGUUUGUUCAUUUACAUACAUGAAUGUUCGAUACUUCAUUCAUGUAUGUUGGCUUAUGUACAAAUAUUAUAUAUAUUAAAUGUUUUUAAUGUAUAUUAAUACCUUAAACUGAAAAUGGGAAAAGAAGCCAAUGAUCUCUAGAUCAAGUGGUGGAAGGCUUGCAUUUCUCUUGGGAGAUGCAGGUUCAACUCUCAUUUGGUGCAGAGAGAGGCACUGGUGGGCAGUGAUAGGAGACCCAGGGAAACCUGGGUUCAAUCCUUGAGCCAACCGGGUUUUACCGGUAAUUUCACCGUCAUGCCUACCGGCGGGUGGGUUACCGGGUUUUCCCCAGAAUUGGUGGUGGACUCGGGUUACUCUCGGAGUACUCCAUUUGGUCCAUUGGGUGCUCCGAGAGUGCCCAUGAUUGAUUAUGUUAGCCGUUCAAAAAAAAAGGAAAA